CUCUGUUUUGCCGACAUUAUACCAAUAGUGAGUGCAUUCGAAAAGGCAAACAAAUUUUUCUGCUAUUCUCGCUUGAAGUUAUAAAACUUACUUCAUGAUGAAAAACAAAGCGAUGUGAAGGCUUGUCGGUUACAGCAUAGCGGUGUUGGUUAACUAACCCAGAAAGAACACAUCUCAUUUAUAAUAAUAGACGAAGACGAGUGUCCGAAGGUCCUUUCACAUGUUUUCUCAGUACCCUACGAGAAUUAUAUAAUUAUAAUUUUUAAUCAGUUAGAUCCCUGCGUUGACUGGCUUUGCUUAAUCGCAAUUUUCCCCAACAUUUGCUUCUGUUCUUUCAUAUGGAAGCUUGUGCUUAUUUCUGGACUUUACAUUAAAAGUGAUAGGUAGAUAAAUGCACGAACACGCUUAAUUUCCUAAAACGACAAUCUGGGCCAUCUUUUCCAUACCGCUCACAUUGUGUAGUGAGCGGAAUAAGGAAUGCUACUAUUUUAUCUGUUAAAGAAACAGUCCAAGUACGCUUGGUAUAGCGAACGGCCUUUUUUUUUCGUGUUCGUUCCAAACGUUCUCAGACGAAACAUUAGUUGUUCUGAAUGCCUUAAACAAAAAAUUCGCUUUACAUCAGCAGAGUUGUAUACAAUUGAUAUGCUCAGACGGUGAAUCGUCAUCGAAGCUAGGCAAACUAGAGCUCGCCAAUCGUGGGACUAGGUCCAGAAAUGCUGCUUUGAUAAGCUGAGCCGUUGCGCGUGAGAACCGAUUCCUUCGUUCCCCAUUAAACGAGUAGAAUUCACCGCCAAAUCUCUUGGAUUUCACGUUAUUACUGCGAACAAAUCCGCGGAGUGAUUCUGGUUAGCCUAAAUCAGCAGUCUGACAGCAUGUCGCCAUUUUAUUUGAGCUGGUGUGCAUAAUGUCGUGAGUUGGGAGAUAUCUAGGCUCAGAUCAAGAAUUAGACAUCUUUCCCUCCUGCACCUUCUCCGUGGUGCUUCUUUUUCAUCAAUGUAGAUCAUAAGAAAAUCGAGAAAUCUUUAGCCUCCGUCACAUUUCAUCGCCCCCCCCCCCUUAGCAGGCGGUACCAUGCUAAGCAUUGUUUGGCAUAACUUGCAUAUCUUGUAAGUAUUGACAUAAUCUGCAUACACAGAGCUAACCGAACUAUAUCCUUUCCCUUCUGGGGGGAUUUAGCGAGUACACUAUUACGAUGGUCGGUUUGCUUGCAAGAUAGGUUGACAUUUCUCAGUUUUAUCUUGUUUCGCACACAGUUCAUCAGCUAGUUCUUCGUUGUCAAGAGCAAACGACAUGAAGUCGGACUGGACCUCUGCACGGGGUCCCUCGCUCGCCUGCAUUUUCUCAUCCUUCUGAAACUCUGAAGCUCUCUCCAACGGCCGCUAUUCCUCUUAACCUAGCAAUAAAUAGAGAAGGCAUUUUCGAGCGAUAUCGCACUUACAUCAUAAGUUUCUUUUUUUUUCCUUUCCAAGUGACGAACGGCGCAGCUGCGUCACCUUGAUCUCUAACUGGCUCGCGAGGCGAGGCCUUCUAGUGGACGCGUCCUUGCUCGUUGCGGCGGCGACUUGCUAGUCUUUUCGAGGGCAGCUCGCCGAAGGCUGCAAGUCGCUCCUAACCAACCCGACCAACUCGUACGGCACCGACCCGAGAAGGUGUGUGGGAAGCGGAGAGAAAGCAGUCCGAUCGCUUGUCAAAACUUCACCGCCCGUCACUUUCGACGCGAGUGCCCCGAGCGACUUUUCCUGAAAGCAUCGUUUCUUUUUUCUCGAUACUCGAUUAGUGCAAAGCCCGUUUGGCGUACGCGUGCCUCUGGAAAUGUCGAGUAACCGUUAAUCCACAUAACUGCAUCAGUUUUUGGCCGAGCCUGAUCGAUACCAUUGGGUUUUGACAGACUUGUGCUUCCGGCUCUCAGAUCGUGUGCGCAUGCCAACGACCAUUAAAUAUCGAGCGCUUCUUAUGCAUAGUGCAGGCCCAGCUGUGCGCGAAAACUGCUUAUGGUAAAAAAAUGGAAGCAUGCAAAUUAAUCGAGUGGCUGUCCUUUCGAGUCCGAUAAUGAAGGUUUAACGGAUAAGGCUCUCAUAAGCGCUGUUUGCUAUGUUUGCGUAACAAAGCGUGCCCUCACAUCAAUUCACGCUUAUUUCGUGCUUUCGCCGCACAGGUUCCACAUAAGAAGGCACUGUGUGCUUCUAGCACAUUCAAGACGCCAAUACUUGAGGACCGUAUUCGUCGGUCAUGUUAUGGUGAGAACGACAUCGUUCAGACACUGCCACCUGCAAUACUGUCGCAAUACUCGCAAUGUUUCAACCUGUUAGAGCGUGCAGUGCAAACUGAUAGACCCUGCGACAUGCUCGAAAACCGCAGUCACUGUUAGUGGCCUAACAGUGCGCGGCUUGGUUCGCCGUGUUCUUCUGUUGUGAUUUCACAAACAUACAUCGCCGAAAGUGAUACCACGUAUGAUCUCAUUCUGGUGUAUCUCGAAACGACACAACGGUGAUAAAAGAACGUGGACAGUGGAAGCGGAGCGCAAACUCGAUUUGCGACGUCUUCAUUCGUUUCGCAUCCCUGACCCUUGUUUUAUGAAACGUGAAUGUUUUUCAUAAAAGAGGACGCCCAGAAGUGAUCUUGCUGUGCAGUUUGCGCAUUCAGGUCCACUGUGGUGCUUAACAACGUGUGUCGUCGCCAUGCUGGAUAGCCGCUGCGUAGUCGACUCCGAUGCAACCUGUUUCGCCGGCCCUGCAGCACCGUAAAGAUGUGAUCGAGGGAUAUGAGCGACGCCCAGGAAAGCCGACGGCAGCAGCACCAACCGCCGAGCCAAAGGGCGCGCGACCCAGCGAGCGCCGCCGGGUGCCGGACCGACACGCACGCCUCCCCGCCGGGAGGGCACCCGGCCAGCAGCUCCGGGAAUCCCGAACCGGGCCACAACAAGCCAUGGCCGCCGCGGAUCUGCGGCGUGUGCGGCGACCGCGCCAAGAGCUACCACUUCGGCGGCAUCUCGUGCGACAGCUGCAAGGCCUUCUUCCGGCGCUCGGUGCAGAACGAGGCCCAAUUCCAGUGCCCCAACCGCGGCAACUGCCGCAUCACGCUGGCGUCCCGCAAGAGCUGCCAGGCGUGCCGCUUCGCCAAGUGCCUCGCCAUCGGGAUGGAGGCCAGCUGGGUGAUGACCGAGCAGGAGCGGCGGGCCAGAAUGCAGCAGCGGCUGCUCGCCAAAGGGGGGGACAGCCGACCGGCGGCACCGCGGCCCCUGGCGAUGCCCCCGUCUGCCGAAGACGUGCAACUUCUCGAGGAACUUGUCCACGCUUACGUGUCCGGUUGCGCCGGCGCUCCCUUCGCGAGCUGCCUGCACCGCGAGGAAAGGUCCAGGACGGAGCUGCUGGACGUGUUUUUCACGCUCGUGCACCAAAUAAGUGGAUUCGCGCAGGGACUGGACGCCUUCGCGAGGGUUCGCGAGUCGGACAGACACAUUCUGUUGAGGACGGCCGUGCUCGAACUGUGCUUUCUCCGCAGCGCGAUGAACUUCGACGACGACGGCGACAGGUGGCCCUCCAGAGUUCACUUCGGUGACGAGGCCACUUCUGUGCCUUCUGUGCGCGCUUCCGACGUGGAACGCUUAGUUCCGGUGGAACUGUGGGCGCUGCACCGGAAGUUCCUGGUGUCCACGCGGAGGCUCAAGCCCGACCCGCUGACACUGCUCCUGCUGUCGGCGAUAGCGCUGUUGUGUCCGGACAGGGCCGGAAUUAGAGACCUGGAGGCCCUUUCCCUCCAGCAAGAGCGCUACUGCGCUCUGCUACGCAGGUACGUCACAUGGCGCAAGAUGGGGUCCAUCGAGUUCGCCAAGGUUCUAAUGCGGCUUCCCGACUUGCGCGAGCUGGCGGACGCGCACGCCGACUCGGACUUACUCUUCGACGCCAAGGAAGCGGCUGACGUGCAGAGGCAUCUAUCCAACGUCAUGGUGCGCACCGUCGAGCUUCCGUCCCAAGUCGGCGAAGUGGCGAGCGAGUCCCGCCACCUUCCGGGGCCGCGAUGGAAGUUUCCGGGGGACCUGCAGCCGCUCAGCGCCACCGAGUCCGCCGGAGAUGAGUCGGCCGAGGAAGAAUCAGCCGAGGAAUCGUCUAGUCAGGGAUCGUCAGACCGUUCGGCACCGGGGGCCCGCAAAAGCUGACGCUUCCGGAACCGAGAUGGGGGAUUCGAAAUCAUCCAUAUAUCCAUGUACAGAGACAUAGGCAGUCGAUGUACCUCAAGAAAGGGCUAAUUUCGUAGCGCUGCCUGUUGACACCUAAAGCGCUAGCUGCCGCUCCAUCAGCAUCUCAUGUCGAACCGAACGUAUUAAAAAGAUACGCAUUUGUUUA